AAGAAAAUUUGCUAUUCAUAAAAUAGUUUAUAUCUUGAUGCGUCGGAGUUGAAUAGAAGAAUUGGCCUACAGUGUAUGUGUUUUUUUUAAAAAUAUCUUUGAUCAAUUUUGGGUUGAACUAGCUAUAGUCAACUUCAUCUCUGAAGAAUAGUCUGUUGUAAGAGAGAAGGAUUAUUAUUUGCCACAUUCAAACAUGGCGACAUAUCCCCCCACUUGCCCACUAUUCAAAAAUAAUAAUCAGCUACUAAAAUCCUUGAAAGCGCUAAAAAAAACCAUGGAAAUACUCAAAAAUGUAAUACAAAAGCCAGAAAGCUCAAACCACGAUUCACGGUUCACCAACCGCCGAUCGACUAUACGCUUCGACGCCGGCGAACGACGACCAUUUACCCUUACAUUUCAAGCUGCUGUAAUAAGAGCAUAGAACGAAAAUGAGCAAGAAGGGAGAAGAUUUAGGGCCAGUGAUAGGAAUCGAUCUUGGGACAACAUACUCUUGUGCUGCAGUUUGGGAGCAUAAUCGCGUUGAGAUCAUUGUUAAUGACCAGGGCAACCGUACGACACCGUCUUGUGUAGCCUUCACAGAGAGCCAUCGCCUCAUUGGCGAGGCUGCUAAGAACCAGGCAGUACUUAAUCCUACUAAUACAAUCUAUGAUGCAAAGAGGCUUAUUGGGAAGAGAUUUACAGAUGAAUCAGUACAAAAUGACAUAAAACUCUGGCCAUUCAAGGUUAUUGACUCGAACAAUGACGAGAAUAAACCUUUGAUUGUUGUCACUUACAAGGAUCAACAGAAGCAAUUUACUGCAGAAGAGAUAGCUUCAAUGGUUCUUUUGAAAAUGAAACAGACUGCAGAAACUUAUCUUGGUUCAGAAGUUAAAAAUGCUGUCAUCACUGUUCCUGCACACUUCAAUGACUCCCAGCGUCAAGCAACCAUAGAUGCAGGCACCAUUGCUGGCCUCAAUGUCAUGCGCAUUAUCAAUGAGCCAACAGCUGCCGCCAUUGCAUAUGGCCUUGAUAAAAUGAAUACUGACCGCAAAGAGGCAGCCAAGAAUGUGCUAGUUUUCGAUCUUGGUGGGGGAACCUUUGAUGUAUCAUUGGUUCGUAUAAGUUAUGCUAUAUUUGAAGUGAAAGGAGUAACUGGGGAUACCCACCUCGGUGGAAGUGAUUUCAACAAUAAAAUGAUGAGCCAUUUUGUUGCUGAGUUUAAGAGGAAACACAAACGGGACAUUAGCGAAAAUUCUAAGGCACUUGGGAAGCUGAGAGAUGCUUGUGAAAAAGCAAAAAGAAUGCUCUCUUCAAUUUCUGAGGCAACUAUUUCUAUUGAUUCUCUCUACGACGGUAUUGAUUUUCACUCAACCAUUUCCCGCUCCAAAUUUGAAAGGUUGAAUAAUGCUUUCUUCACAAGCUGUAUUGAUUCCAUUGAGCAAUGUUUGAGUGAAACUGGUAUGAGAAGUGAAGAUAUUAAUGAUGUUGUCCUUGUUGGUGGGUCCAGUAGGAUUCCAAAGGUUCAAGAAAUGCUGAAAGAUUUCUUCAAUGGGAAAGAGCUCUGCAAAAGCAUUAACCCGGAUGAGGCUGUUGCACAUGGUGCUGCAAUUCAAGCUUCGAUCUUGAGUGGUGUACGUAACAAUGAAGACUUCUUUCUAUUAGAUGUCACUCCUUUGUCUCUUGGAGUUGAGCUUCAUAGUGGUGAGAUGAGCAUUUUCAUCCCAAGAAAUACUACCAUUCCAGUGAAAAAGUCGGAUUAUAUUUGUACUGCAGUCGAUUAUCAGACAUCGAUUAGGUUUCCUGUAUAUGAGGGUGAAAGACCCUUGGCCAUAGACAACAACUUCUUAGGUACAUUUACUGUGCCCAAUAUCCCUCCAGCCUUAAGAGGUAAACACAUGUUUGACGUCUGCUUUGAAAUCGAUAAUAAUGGUAUCCUAACCGUGUCAUCGAAGCAUAUAGGCACUAACAAUAAAUGGCAAAUCACUAUAACAAAUCACAGUAGUAGGUUAUCUAAAGAAGAGAUUGAUCGAAUGCUGAGAGAUGCUAAGAAGUACAAGGCCGAGGAUGAUGAGUACGAAAAAGCUCAAAAGGUCAAGCUUGAACUGCAGAAAUAUACUGAUAGUAUGUGGGAUAUGAUAAAAAAGGGCGGAAAGCAUAUCGUAAAGAAUGCUACAGAGAUGGUUGUUGAGGAAGCCAUUAAUCAAACAGUUCAAUGGCUUGAUGAUGGGGAUUACAUUGUAAGUGAGGCUGGUGCAUUUCAGGAAAAAUUGGAUCAACUUCAGAGCAUUUGUGAUCCUUUUAUUUCUGAGUUUUCCUUCUAAAGUUGCUGAUAUUUUAUGAUGUCUUGAAAGCUUCAACAUUGACGUACUUACCCUGCAAAGUUUAUGUUGUUUCAAAAAAAUAUUGUAAUGCCUGCAAUCUCUUUUGAUUGUGAUUGACGAUUCAAUAAGGAGUAACUCCAAUGCUAUAGCCAAACAUUUACUAGUAUUGUACGAUGAUAUAAAAGUUAUUCCAUCAACUACGGUCAAUCUCGUUCCAAUCAUAUAAUACAAAUUAUGUACUCUCAUA